GAGACACCGCCGCCGCCGCCGCGGCCCCCAGUCGCCAGCGAAAUGAGACGGGGAGGACCUCACAGGAACUGAGAGCUCGCGCCCGUCGGGGCCCCGGGUCCGCCCGCCCGAAGAAAUGAGUGGUGGAUUGGCCCCAAGUAAGAGCACCGUGUAUGUAUCCAACUUGCCUUUUUCCCUGACCAACAAUGACUUAUACCGGAUAUUCUCCAAGUAUGGCAAAGUUGUAAAGGUUACUAUAAUGAAAGAUAAAGAUACCAGGAAGAGUAAAGGGGUAGCAUUUAUUUUGUUUUUGGAUAAAGACUCUGCACAGAAUUGUACCAGGUCAAUAAAUAACAAACAGUUAUUUGGUAGAGUAAUAAAAGCAAGUAUUGCUAUUGACAAUGGAAGAGCAGCUGAGUUUAUCCGAAGACGAAACUACUUUGAUAAAUCUAAGUGUUAUGAAUGUGGGGAAAGUGGACACUUGAGUUAUGCCUGUCCCAAAAAUAUGCUUGGAGAACGUGAACCUCCAAAGAAAAAAGAAAAAAAGAAGAAGAAAAAAAUUCCCGAACCAGAGGAAGAAAUUGAAGAAGUAGAAGAGAGUGAAGAUGAAGGUGAAGAUCCUUCUCUUGACAGUCUUAGUCAGGCCAUUGCUUUCCAGCAAGCCAAAAUUGAAGAAGAACAAAAUAAAUGGAAACCCAGUUCAGGAGGUCCUUCAACAUCAGAUGAUUCAAGACGCCCAAGAAUAAAGAAAAGCACGUAUUUCAGUGAUGAGGAAGAACUUAGUGAUUAAAAUUUAUUUAUUAUGUAAAUAUUAUUUUUUUUAAAUAUUGACAGUACCGGUUUAUUUGGGCUAACAAUGAUUAUUUUCCAUAUUCAAGCAUAAGAAAACUUAGUAUCAAAUAUUUUUUAUUCUAUAAUAGUUCGUUGAAAUUGAAAAAGAAUUAUAAAGUCAUUUUUCUGUCUUACCAGAAUAAAAUUUUAAAAUCAAGAUAUUAUAAUAACCAUUUACCUUGAAAUCAGUUCAUUUGAAUGAAAAAAAAACUGUCAUAGUAAUUUUACUGUCAUCCCAAAUAAAAGGAUAGAUACUAGGAAUAAUUUUCUGAGACGUUUAUAAAAUUUUAUUCACAUCCAAAUAGUUUACAUGCGGACUUUUGAAAUAAAUAUUUUAACAAGAAGUGCUCUUUAAAACAACCAAUUCUUCAGGCCAGAGAAUUAGUACAGGAAUUAAGGAUUAACUGUACUUAAUCGUCAAUUCAUUCCACAGAAUCACCAAGAGUGACCCUUGAACACUGACAGGAGUAAAGCCUCAGUACCGUCAGUUAUGCCUCAAAACAAAAAUUAAAAGCAAACACUUUUAAAAACUGU